AGACAGGCUGGGGGCUCCGCCCAGCCCGACGCCUUGUACCUGGGCUCCUGCCCUCUCGCAGCCGCUCUCCCCCGGGCGCGAGUCAGCGGCUGUUCGGAGGCAGCGGGUCCGCGUCCAGGUCCAGGGUCUGCCAUUUUCAUUAGUCACUGGAGGUGCCACAGUAAAGGAUAUUUGCUAUAUUUAAUAUUUUCCAGUUCAUAUUAUGGAGACACAGGGAGCAGCAAGAAUGGGUUCACAAAAAUACAUGAUGUUUUUAAAGGAAAUGUCCCAGUUAAUUUUGACUGAAAUGCCGAAAGCUAAUUAUGACAGUUUGUUCAAUGACUUUGUUGAGUCAGAAUUUUUCCUGAUUGAUGGAGAUGCAUUGCUGAUCACAUGCUUCCUUGCACAGUCAUUCCAGCCGGGACAGAAUCUCCACUUCUUCUACCUGGUUGAGCGGUACCUUGUGGAUCUUAUCAGUAAAGGGGGACAGUUUGCCAUCGUUUUCUUCAAGGAUGCUGAGUACGCAUAUUUCAACUUCCCCGAACUUCUCCCUCUGAGGAGGGCUUUAAUUCUCCACCUAGAGCACAAUACCACCGUCGACGUUCGAACAACCUUUUCUGGGUGCUUGUCGCAGGAGUGGCAGACUUUCCUGGAGGACAGUUACCCGUAUUUCCUGAUAGUGGCGGAUGAAGGCCUGAACCACCUCCAGACACACCUCUUCAACUUCUUAAUCAUUCAGUCUUGGGCGAUGAAGGUCAAUGCUGUGCUCUCCUCGGGCCAGGUGUCCGACUUCCUACGACUUUAUGCGUAUUUCAUGCCAAGCAAGCACAAGAACCAGAUGUUUUUCCAGAAGAAUAAGAAUAACAUUGAAAAUGCUUAUAAAACCCUGAUUAAGAAAUUGGAAGAAUGUCGAGUUUUAGCAUUGGGACAUCUUUUUGGAAAUUUCAAAUGGGAAAAUAUGAUGGAAGAGGCACGUGAAAUGAUUUCUCUGCUUAAGGAGCUGUGGCCGGAAGGGUCUGACAUUCGACGAGUUCUUUGUGUCACUUCAUGCUCGUUGUUCUUGAGUUUGUACCACAGCGUCUUAGAGAAUAGGUCGCAGACUCCUGCUGCUCAGAAAACUAACACCCAACAGGGGGAGCGCCGCGGCCCGGCCCUGAGGGAGGCGGAGGACCUGUGCAGGCUGCGCUGUCUCGCUGCGGUUUUCCUGCUCCGCGCGCCUCUUCCCCAGAGAGCCCGCACCAGAGUCGUGGCUUCCCGCUGGACCGAGGAAAUUCAGACCGCCUUACAGAUGAAAAACUGGUGUGACUAUUUCAUCCUAAGUAAUAUAAAUGUUUUUGAAUUUUGGAAUCUGAAUUUAACUCACCUUUCCGACUUAAGUGAUGAGCUUUUGUUGAAAAACAUAGCAUUUUACUAUGAAGAAGAAAAUGUUCAAGGUCUACAUUUGAAUUUGGGAAAUGUCAUUACGAAGGAUUAUGAACACCUCUGGGAUACUGUAUCAAAGUUGGUCCGAAAGUUUGAUGUUGGAAAGCCAUUUCCUCUGAGAACAACACAACUUCCUUUUCUUAAAAAGGCUCCAUCACUGAUCAAAGAUACCUUCAAGGAAAAGAUGCCUAAUUUGGGUUUUAUUCCAAUGUCAUGUCAGGUGGUGGAUAAGUUUGUUGGAGACAUUUUGAAAGAUUUGCCCUUCCUGGUGAGUGACGACCCUGCUGUAACUUCGCUGGUCAGACAGAAGGAAUUUGAUGAACUCGUGCACUGGCAUUCCCACAGACCCCUCAGUGAUGACUACGACAGGACAAAGUGUCAGUUCAAUGAAAAAUCUAGAGAUCCCCAUUAUCUCAGAUCUGUGCAAAAGUAUCACGUUUUUCAGCGAUUUUAUGGGAAGUCACUAGAAUCAGUCUCUUCAAAACUUCUUGUAACUCAAGCCGCCAAGCCCAGGAGGAAUUUCUGUGAACCCAAGAGCAAAAAGGCACAGGAGACCAAGGCUGAAAUAAUCACUAGAGAGAAUAAGAAGAGGUUAUUUGCCAAGGAGGAGCAAAAAGAAGAGAAAAAAUGGGAUGUCCUAUCAUUUUCUAUUGAGGAGGAGAUGCAAGAGAAUUUGAGCUCUGGAAUAAAGAACCUGGAAGAUUUUCUGAAAUCGUGUACAAGUAGCUCGGUGAAAUUUCGGGUAGAAAUGGUAGGCUUAAAGGCCUGCUUGAAGGCGUGGAAAGAGCAUUGCCGAGGGAAAGGUGAAACCACAAAAGACAUAAGUAUAGCUGUUCAAAUGAUGAAAAGGAUCCACUCUGUGAUGGAAAAGUACCCAGAACUUUUGCAAGAGGCAGACCAACAACUCAUAGCCAGAUGCCUUAGGUAUUUAGGAUUUGAGGAGUUGGCAAGUUCUGUGCAUCCAUCCCAGGUCACAGGAAAUGACAUAAAAGAGAAGAAAAAGAAUAAAUACUCAGUUGGCAUUGGGCCAGUUCGGUUUCAGCUGCAGCACAUGGGCCAGUAUUUGGUACGAGAGGAGAGGAAAGACCCAGACCCCAGGGUUCAGGACUUUAUUCCUGACACUUGGCAGAGGGAGCUCCUGGAUGUCGUGGACAAUAAUGAGUCAGCAGUCAUCGUAGCCCCCACAUCCUCAGGGAAGACCCACGCCUCCUACUACUGCAUGGAGAAGGUGCUGCGAGAGAGCGAUGAGGGGGUGGUUGUGUACGUGGCCCCCACCAAGGCCCUUGUGAACCAAGUGGCAGCCACGGUUCAGAACCGUUUUAACAAAAAUCUGCCCAAUGGAGAAGCUCUGUGUGGGGUGUUCACAAGGGACUAUCGACACGACGCCCUCAACUCUCAGGUGCUUGUCACUGUGCCUGCCUGCUUUGAAAUCCUGCUGCUGGCUCCUCAUCGCCAGGCGUGGGUGAAGAGGAUCAGAUACGUGAUAUUUGAUGAGGUCCACUGUCUUGGUGGAGAAAUCGGAGCAGAAGUCUGGGAGCAUCUUCUGGUCAUGAUCCGCUGUCCCUUCCUGGCUCUAUCAGCCACCAUAAGCAACCCCCAGCAUCUCACUGAGUGGCUGCAAUCAGUAAAACGGUACUGGAAACAAGCAGACAGUAUGAUGGCAAAGAACGCUGCCUCUCGGAGAAGUGCUGGUACCCGCACCGGUGUGCACAGAGACUACGCACUACCGAAGCAGUCUUACAAAGUGAGGCUUGUGCUCUACGGGGAGAGGUACAAUGAUUUGGAGAAGCACAUAUGUUCGAUGAGAGAUGGUGGGAUUCAGUUCGACCAUUUUCACCCAUGUGCUGCGCUGACCACGGACCACAUUGAAAAGUAUGGAUUCCCUUCUGAUCUUAGCCUGUCACCUCGAGAAAUGAUCCAGCUUUAUGACACCAUGUCUCAGUUCUGGGAAGGCUGGCCCAGGGCUCAGGAGUUGUGUCCAGAGGAAUUCAUUCAUUUUAAGAAUAAAAUAGUCAUCACAAAGAUGGACACUAGGAAAUACGAAGAGAGCCUCAAGGCAGAACUGACUGGCUGGGUGAAGAGCGGCCACGCCUGGGAGGCCAGAACAGUCCUGCGGAAUCUUCGUCCAGUUUCGGUUGUUAGUUCAGAAAACAUGGCAGAUCUGUUUCCACUUCUCGUUGAAAAGCUCAGCCAGAUGAAAAAGUUACCUGCACUAUUUUUUUUAUUUAAUUUAGGGGAUGUUGAGCAAAGGGCAGGAAGUGUGAAAACUUUCCUGGAGCAAAAGCAGCAGAUAAAAAGGCCCCCCAAGGCUGACAAGGAGGCCUAUGACAUGGCCAAUAAACUUCGAAAAGUUAAAAAAUCCAUGGAGAAACAGAAGACAGUAGAUGAAAAAAGCCAGAAAAAGCCCAGAAAAAUGGAUCAGAGCCUAAUCCAUGAUGCUGAAUAUGAUCAUCUGCUCAGGGUUCUUGAGAAGAACUUGGAGAUUCCUCAGGACUGUACCUAUGCUGACCAGAAGGCAAUAGACACUGAGUCUUUGCAGACGGUGUUUGAACGAGUGAAAUUCACAAGAAAAGGUGCAGAAUUGAAGGCUUUGGCAAGAAGGGGGAUUGGAUAUCACCACAGCUCUCUGAACGCCAAGGAAAAACAGUUAGUGGAGAUUCUUUUUAGGAAAGGAUUUAUUAGGGUGGUGACAGCUACGGGGACACUUGCCUUAGGAAUCAACAUGCCUUGUAAAUCAGUGGUUUUUGCUCAAAACUCAGUCUAUCUGGAUGCUUUAAACUACAGACAGAUGUCUGGACGUGCUGGAAGACGAGGUCAGGACCUGAUGGGGGAUGUAUACUUCUUUGAUAUUCCAUUGCCCAAAAUAGAGAAACUCAUCAAGUCCAAUGUUCCUGAACUGCGGGGCCAGUUCCCACUCAGCAUGUCCCUGGUCCUGAGACUCAUGCUCCUGGCUUCCAAGGGUGAUGAUCCAGAGGAUGCGGAGGCCAAGGUGCUGUCGGUGCUGAAGCACUCACUGCUCGCCUUCAAACAGCCACGAGCCCUGGAGAUGCUGAAACUCUACUUCCUGUUUUCACUGCAGUUCCUGGUGAAAGAGGGCUAUGUAGACCGAGAAGGAAACCCCAUGGGGUUUGCUGGACUGGUGUCGCACUUGCACUAUCACGAGCCUUCCAAUCUUGUUUUCGUCAGUUUUCUGGUAAAGGGCCUUUUCCAUAACCUGUGUCAGCCAACCAGGAGAGGCUCAAAAUGUUUUUCUCAAGAUGUUAUGGAAAGGCUAGUGUUAGUCUUGGCACAUCUGUUUGGAAGAAGAUAUAUUCCAGCAAAGUUCCAAGAUGCAAAUCUCAAGUUUUAUCAAUCAAAGGUGUUCCUGGAGGAUCUCCCCGAGGACUUUAAGGCUGCCCUGGAUGAGUAUAACGUGAACGUCACCAAGGGCUUUGCCUCCUUCCUGCUGGUUGUUUCCAAAUUGGCGGACAUGAAACAGGAACAUCAGCUCCCAUUGUCAAAAAUAGAUUUCACAGGUAAAGAGUGCGAGGACUCCCAGCUCGUGUCUCACCUGCUGAGCUGCAAGGAAGGGAGAAGAGCCGUUUCUCCAUUUGCUUGUCUCUCUGGGAACUCUGAUGCUGAUUUGCUCCAUCCAGAAACUCCGGACCAUCCUGCUCUGGAGACGCUCCCUCGGGUCUCCUGUUCUCCAUUUCAUCCCAUAAUAAAGCCCUAAAAUUAGUGUGGCAGUUUCUUUGAUGGAAAAAUGUCGGCAGCUGUGAAGACCAAGGUGAGAAACCAGACUGGGUGACUUUAACCACUUGUGGCUCAAAGGUUCUGGGGAAAAAACAUGGAGCCAUGAAACAUUUAUUAUAGGAAUCUAGCAAAAUAAACUGCAGUGCCAGCUGAAGAUACCAUUUGUUAAACUGAUUUUUAUUUCAGCCUCCGUGUUGACUAACUGCACAUCCAACUAGCACAAAGCUGGCCGGGGCCGGGGAACGAGCGAGCAUUCCUCCCCAGGGGCUAGGUGUCUACUCAGAGCUGUGUCCAGACAGCAGUCACUGCAGCCCCAGAGCCGCAUUCCUUGGUUUCCAGGACCACGUCCAGCCGCAGUGGGUACAGGAAAGCCUUGUUUUCACGUCCAGCGUCAACGAGGCUGUGUGGGACAGGCACGAUCGAUCCGUCUGUUAAUACAGGGUUAGACUUGGUUUUGUCUUGGCACGCCCACACAAGUAACAAGAGCUAAUUUGGUUUUACAUCAUACACGCCGAUGAGACAUCACUUCCCCUAAUAAGUGCAGAACUGAGGAGGGACUUCGACCACUUGAGACAUCUGCACAGGUGACAGGCUGAGCCUUUGUUCAGCAGGAGGACAUAAAACAGGAUCAAGAAAGAAUAUGGGGAGAAGCAGAAACCGGCUUUCCGAAAAUUCUCCAGCCACGGAGGUCUCACGCACCUGGCAGGAGGCUGCCUGACCUGGGCACACGUGGCCGUGGGGACCAGGGUGGCAAGCCAACGAGGAGAAGCUUUCUCUUGUCCCAGGUUCACGUGAAAACUACAGAAUCCGACUUUCCCCAACAUGUCCAAAUCUUCCAUCCUU